GGAUUUCGCAGUCUUCAUUUAUAUUGGCAAGCAGCGCGACGAGCAUCUUCAGUUCUCACAGAUCGGUCCAAACGAUUUUUUAAUAGAUCGCCUAGAACUUUUAGAAAAAUAAUUUCUCUUGCUUUAAGCAAAUCCUUAUCUGUUUGCAAAAAUGGCGCGUGCAGUACUUUGCAUGGCCAUCGCUUGCAUAUUAUUGCAAUGCGCUCUCGCUCAAAAGGUAGAUAAGGAGAACCGCCGCCUUAUUCUGCAAAUCAAAGACCAAAAAACGACCAAUCAACAAUACUAUUCGUCAAAUUUCGAUACCAGAAAUGGUAAUUAUGAAGGUUUUGAUGGUCGUUAUAAAGGUAUUAGAGAAGGUCAAUAUAUCCCCGAUAAUUCGGGCAAAUAUGUUCAUGUUGAAGGUCCCACUGGUCCACCAGCACAACCAUAUGUACACAUAGAGGGACCCCAGGGAGGUUAUGGAGGCAACGGCGGAGCUGGCGGUGUCGGCGGUAGAGGCGACGGCGGCGGUGUCGGACCAGGCGGCCCAGGCGGACCUAAGGGACCCGGCGGUCCAAAAGGACCCGGCGGCCCAAAGGGUCCACCCGGCCCCCCUGGUCCACCAGGACCACCAGGACCAUUUGGCCCAACUGGACCCGGACCUAAGGGCCCAGGCGGCCCACCUGGACCCCCAGGCCCACCAGGACCAACUCGCCCAGGCCCAGGCGGCCCACCUGGCCCACCAGGACCACCCGGACCAACUCGACCAGGCCCACCCGGCCCACCAGGUCCAACUCGCCCUGGACCACCAGGACCACCCGGCCCAACUCGUCCCGGACCACCAGGACCACCAGGACCAGAUCGUCCAGGCCCACCCGGACCUCAGCCACCAUACAAACCAUUGAGACCAGGACCACCUACAAAUCCAAGAGAAUCAAAUAAGAAUACACCCGGCUAUUUGCCACCCGUCUCAAAAACUGGUAAAAUUACGCUACCUUUUAAAUCAUCAUCAUUAGUUGUGGAAGGUGAAAUACCCCCGAAAACCACACAUACCACUACCAAUACACAAACAUCUUUCGUGCCAAAUUAUGGUAAUAAUAAUGAUUAUGCACAAAAGAAGGUCACCACAACCACCACCACCACUACCCACACAACCAACACCAAUACUAAUACUAACACUCAGUUUAAUAAUAAUAUUAAAACUCCACUAACCAAUAUUCCUCCUUCUUCUCCUCCAUCUCCCCCCAAAACCUUCACCACCACCACAACUACGACCAACACGAAUACCAAUACGAACUCGAACAACAAAUAUAUACCACCAAAUCGUGGACCUAUUACGAAUACAUUCCAACGACAGGACGUUUCCAUUGAGAAGGAGCAACCGUACAAGACAAUAACCACAACUACUACAAAUACAAAUAUCGGUAAUAAAUAUGGACACAAUUUCGACACAAAUACGAAAGUAACGACUACAAAUACAAAUAAGAACACAUACACGAACACAGACCUGCAUACGGGACAGAAAACUACUGCAACCGUUGGAGGCGGUGGAGGCGGUUCAAGUACUACCAGUCAAACUCCUGGUUACCAAACAGGCCAAAAGACAACGACAACUACAUUGGGACAAACUCCCGGUUUUUAUAAUGGCCAGAAGGUUAACGAAAAAGUUAUCACAACGCAAGUUCCUGGCUAUCCUGUUGGGCAGAAAGUGGUAGAAAAAGUGACUACAACAACAACCGAUAGUAAUAAUUUUGGAAAAGUGCCCGGCUAUCAGACUGGUCAAAGGGUUGUUGAGAAAGUCACCACCACCACUAAUGAAGGUUACACACCCAGCAAGCCAGCGCAACCUACUAGCGGCCAACGGUACCCAACCAAUUACGAGACAAACCGACAACCGGAGAAAAACGUGGUAACCCACACAAACACCAACUACCAAACGCCUCGCCCAACCUAUCCAUCAACAGAACUGAAUAACGAACGACUGUGUUCAUGUGAAGCGGAUAGAACGCAUUCAUCAAAACAACAAACUACCACAGUAGGCUCCUUCCAAUCUACAACCUCUUCCUUCGGCAAACCGGCGUCGAAUAGUAAUCAAUAUAAUCAACAACAAUUUACAACAACAACUUCAGCCGGCCAAGCCAGCUUUGGCGGUAUAACGAAUUCUAUGUCAUUGCUCCAGCAGCUACCGGUAUUCCCACAAGCGCCUGGUUAUGCGGCUUCCUACGCACCGGACAAGAUUCCUAAGGGUGCGGUUAUAGCAUUUAUGCCGGUGAUCAUUUUGCCACAAUCAGCUUAUGAACAAUGCGACAACAAUGCGAUACAUACGAAUGGCAACUACCAACAAAAUGUUGAUCCCUUCCCAUUGGGUGUACAGCCUGCGCCCAUACCAUUUAGUUUCAGCCAGAUCACGGGUGGUGCACGCAAAGAUCAGUGCAUGUGCCCGUGCUCUUGUACACAAAACAUACCGGACAAAUUACAUAGGAAACGUGACGUUGACGCGAACGAAGGACUGAACGCAACAGCAAUUAUUGAUAAUGACAAAGAAACCGUUUCAUUGCAAGCAACAGACGCAAAAGAGACAGACGCGAUAAAUGCAAUAGGUCAGGAUGAGGAAUCGAAGGCAAUUGCGGCCGAGAAUAAUAAAACGGAAACGGAUGUAAAGGGAGAAAGCGACAACGUUGGCGGUGUCGAGACACUAACGACGAACCCGACACCAGCUGUGGUUGAGGCAGCGGAGCCGCCAGCAACAGUUGGCAAAACGACUACGACAUCAAAUGAAGAUGCCAAAAUUGAGAAAAAUGAAAAUAUCGAAACACCGUCAGAAACAGUAGUCGAAGUAGAAAAGAGAGACUAAAACGACGUUAUGACAAACGACGUUACGACGACGCAACUAAUUUGUCAUCUACAUACAUUCAAUCCAAAACAUCCUAUCCAAUUUAGGGAUGACAUAUUGAAAUAUCUAAGGAUAUUUGUGAGUUAUCGCCGUCCGUUAAAUUCAACGUCAACAGCACGACAGCCACCAACACCCCGUUUCCCCAUCCUGUAUUUCUAACACCAUACACUUGUUCCUUGUAAAGCGGCGAGUGUUCGCUGGUUAAAGGGUUUUGAUGGCUGUGUAAGUGUUCCUGGUUCCGUUCCUGCAUAUGACGUGCCUGGCAGUUGGUUCAAUCCCUUUCGUACUUCCCAGUCCUCAACGCAACACGC